UCUAUUCUGACGUCAUAAAACAGGAGACGGAAAUGAAGGCAGAGAAUGCGACGGUAGAAAGGGCAUCGGCGUGAAUGAAAAGUUUACAUGUUGAACUCAGUUUCUUGAGAUUUCAAGCAUAGUUCCUCCUUUCCAAGGCAACAUCUGAAUUUGGGAGAGCCUGACAACGCCAUGGUAAUUGACCUGUGUUUGCCUCACUUUAAACCCUCUAUUGACUGCAACAAGGUGUGUGCAGAUGGCUAUGAGGUGUCAAACUUGAUUUCUGAGGACAUAAGUUUAAAAAGAUGUGGCUUUCGAGCAGAGUAUUUCAUCCGUCCUCCUGUUCAUGUUACAUUGCAUUUUCCAUUCAAAGCUGAAAUAAAAAGAGUUGACCUUGAUUUGAGAACGGAAGGAGCUAAUAUAAAUAAUGUUUCCCAAAGUUUAGAAAUGUAUACCUCAUCUUGUUCUACCAAGCCCAAGUCUACUGCUGAUGAAUAUUUGACUUGCAAGGCAAGCCCAGAGUGUUCUGAAAAAGCAGUUUUCAUCCUGGUAGGAAAAUGCUUACUGAAAGGCAAGAGCCAGGUGUCUUUUUUGAACCGUGGGUUCAGAUCCAGAAUUCCUUUUGAAAAAAUGGAACCUCCAGUUUUAGAAUCCAGUGUGGUGGAGCAGGAUCUGUGGUCCAAAGGCCCUGCCUCUCUUGCAGGUGUGAUGUCUUUAAGAAUUUGUCUGUCUUUUGUGGUUGGUAAUUGUCCUCUGGGGAUCAAAAAACUGUCAGUUUGGGGACAGCCCUCCAGAUCUUGUUCUCCUAAUAUUAUAGAGAAACUCUUGAAAGCCCACAGUGGAAAUAAAAAGGCUGUUUCAGACUUGACUAUAGUGACUGAAAAUCCAGAGCCACAGAAACCAGUAUUCCUAAAUGAAGACCUUGGUAUUCCAGAAGAAUUUAUUGAUCCUAUAACGCAGGAACUAAUGACUUUGCCAAUUCUGUUGCCUUCUGGAAAGGCAGUGGACCAUAGCACUCUAGAGGAAUACAACAAAAGGGAAGCUACUUGGGGUCGAUCCCCAAAUGAUCCCUUCACUGCUGUGCCUUUUUCCAAGGAUUCCAGACCUCUGCCCCAUCCUAGUUUAAAGAGUAGGAUUGAUCUUUUCCUUCUGCAGAAAGGUGAUCAAUGUUUAACAGUACCUUUUGUAGUUGGAAGAACCAGCUGUUCACAGCUCCCUCAACCUUCAAGGUUAACAUCCGAAAAAGCAAGCCUUGUUUCAGGAAAGAGAAAAGCUGAAUAUGUUUCUGUCUCUCUACUCAGUGAUGAUGCUGUACAGAAUAAAAUAGCAUCACACUUAAAGCCAGCUUUUGAAUGUACCAGUUUUGGCAAUGCUGAAUCCACUUCCAGUGAGAAAUCCCUUACAGCUAUACAAGAAGUUAAAAAUAGCUCUCUUGUUCAAAAAUGUUCUAAAGAAUUGAACAGUCAAAGACAGGAAGAAUGUGCUAUCAGGUCUGCAACAAUGAUAUCUGCAAAAAAACUACGAGCAGAAGAACACAAUACCUUGUCAUCUCCAGCAGAUUCAGAUUCUUCCACUCAUAUGCAGAGACUGUCUGACAGUUUAGACACAGCUUUGGCCUCUGCUUUACGUACCUUCCCAUCAUUCACUGCACAUCUGAAAAAGAGCAAUGUAGAUCAAACAAGGUUUGAAUCUACCGGCAGAUGUAGCCAGAAUCUUUCAGAUCGUGGAACCAUCUUACAUCAGACCUGUUGCUGUUUGUGUUCACAGGAUCUUUCUCUUUACUCAAAAUCAACUUCUUGUUUCUGUCUCCCUUGUUCCCAUCUGCUGUGUCGUACUUGCCUUUCCAAUAGUUGUUCAAAUAAGUCUGUUCAGUGUCCUUCCUGUAAUCAUAUCUAUCCUAGAGGGGAAGUCACUCGUGUCCAUUUCUAGUCGGUCAUUUUUAAAAGCUAUUCUGAGCAUGUGAUUAUAAAUGAAUGGUGAAUUGAACCACCGGAUAUUACAUAAAAUGUUUAGAGGAACUUUGACCUGAGAUUUCUGCCUGUCAGAUGACCAAUGAAACUUCUCAAAUACUAUUUAAGUAAAAUGUACAGUGUGUUUGAUUUUUCUUAAAAUGCAUAAUUGUCUUUAUUGAAAACAUAACUAAGAUAUCAACUAAAUAUAGUACUGUAUUUUUACAGUCAUCACCAGCACAAGAAGCAGUCUUAAGUCUGUAAAAGAGAAUCAGAAAUUCUUUUACCUGUAAUGAUUCUAGUGUUCAGACAAAUGGUGGCAAUUUGUUCAAUCUACAGUAUGUUGCAUUGCUUAGUCUAUCACCUAUAUCCUUUUAGGCUGUUGAUUUAUAAUGUCCUUAUACCUAAACUUUUGGCUGAAAUAUUGCAUACAACUAUGCAUGUUCACUGCUAAUGGUGAAGGAUAUAUUGUGAUUAGCUGAGCCAUAUUUUCUAAAAGUAUUACCCAAGAAAGAGGUCUAGAAAAACCUUUUUUAUGUGACUAGUUCCAUUUCAAUGGAUGCAAUCUUUCAUUUUUUAUAAACCGUUGCAUUCUCUCAGAAAUGAAAUAAGAGCACAUUGUUGGACAGAUAUCAAUAAGCUAACAUGUAACAGUGCAGAAUGUUCUAGUGAUGAAUAAAUGGAUGCAAAAGCAUUAUCCACGUCAGAUUAAUUUUUUGUUAAGUUACCACUGUAUGUUGUUACGUUUGGUUUCCAUAUGUCGAAAUCAAUGAUUAAUAUAUCUUUAAUUUAUGUGAAAUCUUCAUAUUUUCUUUGAACUGAUCAUUAAAAGGAUUAAUAUUAAAGUA